AUGGAGAACAUACGCACUUCCUUCUACUCCGAUGCAUCGCCUGCCUCUCUCAUUGCACAGCCCUUCACUCCAACUGGCAUGCCACUCGUUAGCCAGCCACACGGCCAACAGACGAUAGGCACAGAGGACGUGAGCAGGCUUUUCGAGGCCUACGAGGGCACUCUCAGUCCAAACUCUACCAUGGGAGCUACGUACAGCCAGCUAUCUGAAUACUGCCAAAGUUGGGCAUACCAGCCUUUCGAUGCAUCGAGCCACGAGGCCGGUGCCGGUGAAUGGACUCCGAAUACUCUUUACGCUUCGUACAGACUCUCAUCUUCCCUCCACCCCUUCGCCUCUGUGAGCACCGUGGACGAAACCCCAAAACCUCGCAAAUCCCCAUCAUCAGUCAUCAUCUACGAGGGCGCAUCCGGCCGGCCCUCUAUCGUUAGCAUACCAUCCCCUCGACCACCCAAGCCUAACCACAAGGCCAAGACAAGAUCUACCAUAAAGCCGACCAAGUAUGUCCCAAAAGGCACCGCGAAGCAGCUCCCCCUCUCGAGUCUGGGGCCCCGUAAAGUUGCACGCCACGGUCCUCCUCCUCCACCUCCUGCACUCAUCGCCAAGGACUACCGGAUCAACGACGAAGCCGACGAAGACGACGACGGCGACGACGACGACGUUAGUAAUGAUGACGAAAACGACAGUGAAAAAUUCGGCAUCGAGCGCCAGCGGGCCCGUAACCGCCUCGCCACAUCCAGGUGCCGUGCCAAGGCCAAGGCCGCGCACUCGAAGCUCGAGGAGCACUCACGGGCCGCGGCCGAGCACCACGACGGCCUCGUCGCCUCGGUCGCGCAGCUCAGGGACCAGGUGCUCGAUCUCAAGAGCGAGCUGCUGCGGCAUGUCGACUGUGGCUGCCCCCUGAUUCAGGCCUACAUAAAGAAUGCCGCCCGGCACCUUGGCGAGGGUAUCCCAGGCCCCGUCGCCAUGCCGCCGGGCAUGCCACGGAUAGGUCUAGCAGAGCUGGAACACGAUCACAUCCGCGGCGACGACUAG